AUGAUGUUACUGGGAAAAUCUCGUGAUACACAAACGGUGGAUAGUGUUGGAACUGGACCCUACACUCAACAGGUCUCAACACGACACACAUUGUCAACCAUAGUUUCCCACCCAAACUCACGUGCAUUAUCAACUGCACUAGUCUGCGACAACAUUGCAUGCUCAACAAGUCAUCUCUGGGGGAUUACCAAGUUUGUCGACAUUUUCAAGUCAAGAUCUGGAGGAUGGAGCCCCUGUGAUUCAGUUGAAAUCCCAGCGCUAGUUGAAGCAACUUCUGCAGCCUUCGUAAAAGGUCGAAGAAUUAUUGACGGUUCAUCAAAAGUCGUGUCAAAGCAGGAACCCAAGCAAGAACCCAAGCAGGAAUCCAAGCAGGAAACCUCGAAGAAAGCUGGUCACUCUGAUACCAAGCAAGGAAAGGGGAAACAGUGGUCCAAGGGGUCUGGUGGCAACAAGAGGCGUAACAAUGAAGACAAGCAAGCUAGAAAGUCGAACUCUGAUGGUCAAAACAAAGUUGCUGCCUUGAAAGCUACCGAAUAUCUUGAGGUGGCUCGCGACGAUGUUGAAACUCUUUGCUCUGUUGCUCGGGCUAUCCAAGACGUAUUUGAUAAUGACGGCGGAAGCAGUGAUUAUUCACCAGUUGCUUUUCUUCCACCUGCUAACCAAAUCGCCUCUGUGGGUGAAACAAAUCUUCCAAAUGUUCUUGAUUCUGGAAAUGCUACUGGUCAUCUUAUCUCAGACAACAGCUACUUUGUGUCGUAUGAGAAAUACAGCAGCCCCAAAACUAUCAGCUCCUAUGGUGGUUCUGACAUCGUGUUAGAAGGGGAAGGUAAAAUUGCCGUUGUAUUAAAAGGUGACGGUGGCACCAAUAUUUGCCAUAUUGCUGACGCACUUUAUUUUCCUACUGGGUCUAGCAAUUUGUUUUCUGAUUCUGUCUGGCGCACGCACAAUGUUUCUUUUCAUACGGUCCCAAGUGGGGAUUGUCUGGCCUAUUUUGGUGAGGAAAAGGUUGGUAGGGUUGGCGGUGCCAGAGAUGCCAAGUCUCACAUUUGUGCCAACAUUGUUCCGGUAAAGUUUACUAGGAAUAUCGUACCUCCAACUGGCUCCUUCAAGUUCUCAGGAAAUUCAAUUGACUGGGAUCAGAUUUGCAGACAAGGACCAGAAGCUAUGAGGAAGGUUGAUAAAUCAGCUCUCGCUGUUGGAAAGGGACUUCCUGUCCUUUCACCGUCUCUCAAAUUUAUUGCAAAGGAGGCCGUGUUGAAUUCGCAGGCCCUUGACUGUCAUGUUCGGUUUGCUCAUUGCUCUUUGACUUCGGUGAAGCAUUUAGCCAAGCUUGCUGAUACUCCCUUUGAGGUGACCAAGCGUGACGAAGAGUUGAUCAAGGACUGUGUCAUAUGUGGCACGUCAAGAAGCAUUAAGCGGUUCACUUCUCCGGAUAAGCAUAUAGCUUCUGAAUCCACGGCUCCGUUAGCCCAGAUUCAUGCUGAUCUCGUCGGUCCCAUAGGUCCUGCCUCUUCAGGGGCCAGGUACAUGCUGAAUAUCAUUGAUGCAUUUUCUGGUUACAUCUAUGCUUUUGCUCUGGAAUCUAAGGAUGAAGCUCCUGGGUGUUGA